AUGGUAAAAUCAAAUGUCGAAAGGCAGAAAAAAUAUCGUGCCAAUUUAGCAAAAGAUAAAUUAAAAUUUGAACAAAUGAAGCAAAAAUCUCGAAUGCGAGAUAAUACAAGGCGCAAAAAUCUGACAGGUGAUGCAUUAAAUCAAUUACGUAUACGACAAAAGCAGGCAUCAAAGAAAUAUCGUGAUGGAUUAAAAUUAAAGCGACUAAAUGAUAAUCAAUCAUCAACAUACAAAAGUCGUCAAUCAUUGGGUAAAGCCAUUAAACGUGCCCAGAAAUCAUUACCAAAAGAACCAAAUAAACGUAUUACUGUAGUUCGUCAUAUAGCACAAACACUUGAUAUUAUUCCAAGAACAACUAAUCAGCAAGAACGUCAACAACGACAGUUACCGAUCGAAUUAAAACAAGCUGUGAUUAACUUUUACAACCGCGAUGAUAUCAGUCAUCAAAUGCCUGGGAAACGUGACCAUAUUACAAUAAAAGAUGAAAAUGGUUCAACAACUUUGCAAAAAAGAAUUUUAUUGAAUAGCAUUCGUGGAACAUAUGAAUUAUUUUUGAUCGAUCGUAAUAUUACAAAUGAUGCAUUGUCAGUUAACUCCUUUCGUACUUUGCGUCCAUUGAAUGUAUUAACAUAUUCUCAUAUGCCUCAUCAUAGUUGUUUGUGUAGUUAUCAUGAAAAUGUUAAUUUAUUACUAAAGCCAUUAUCCAAAUGUAUUAAUAAUCCUAAUUUAGUUUCACUUCAAUCAUUUUCAAAAGCUUUGGUAUGCAAUGAAGAUGAUGAAAAUUGUAUGUUCAAUAGAUGUUCAUUGUGUGCUAAUUAUUUUAAUGAUAAGUUUCGAAAGUAUGUACUCAAUCCAGCACAAAAAAUUCAAUGGUAUCAAUGGGUAUUCAAAAACGGAUAUUCAGAAAAACAAGAAUUUAAUGGUACAAUCCAUCAAUGUUUAAAUACACUUGAAGCACAACUCGAAUCAUUUUUGAUACAUGUAUUUAUCAAGAGACGACAAGCUACGUAUUUUGAAAUGAUCAAAUCAAUAUCGGACAAGGAAACAAUUUGUGUACAAGUUGACUAUAGUGAAAAUUUUAGAUUAGAAGUUCAAGAUGCUGUACAAGGAUCUUUUUAUACAAAAAAAGCUGUAUCAUUAUUUACUUGUUAUGCUUGGAGUUUGGAUACCGGUUAUUCAUUUGUUUAUGUUUCAAAUAAUUUAUCUCACGAUAAAUAUUGUAUAACUGCAGCACUUGAUGAUUUAUUUGAUAAAUUGAAAAUAAAAUUCAAUGAAUUGAAAGAAGUACAUGUAUUUUCCGACGGUGCUGCUCAGCAAUUCAAACAAAAAUUCUUGUUUAGAAAUUUGUGUCGUCUAUUUGAAACGUUUGACUCAUGGCAUUUUUUUGCAACAAGCCAUGGCAAAGGAGUAGUAGAUGGAAUUGGUGGAUCCAUAAAACGUCUUGUAUAUCGAUCUAUAUUAAGUGGACAAAAAUGUACAUCAGCAGCUGAUUUUAUUACUAUUGCUCGAUCAAAGACAAAUAAUAUCGAACUAUGUGAAAUCGAGCAAUAUCGAAUUGAUAAUGCUAAAAUAAAAUUAGAACGAAUAUUCCAAUCACUCAAAUCAGUACCAGAGACUAAAAAAAUACAUUCAGUUAAGGUGCUUUCAAAUAACUCAAUCGAACAUAAAUAUUACUCUAGUAGUUUAACAAAAAAAACACAUCGAUUUGAGAUUUGA